AUGAGCGAAGGCUUUGCGAGACGUCCUACCAACCGGAAAAAUACUAUCAAAAAAAAAUUGCAGCAACAAGCAAUUCCACUCCCAGUUUAUAUUGACCAUGGCGUUACAGCUGCUUUCAGGUAUCUGACAAGCUUUUUUUGGUCGAGCAAGCCUUAUGGAAUCUUCGAUCGUGCAUCAAGAUCCGUUUGGGUAUCCAAGCAGGAAGAUAUCGACAUUCUUUGGCGACAAGGAUUUUUUGGUAAGGGUACUCUCUCGCGGAGUGAACCACUCUGGGCUUUUGGUUACGAGAAAAGUAAGAGAGUUGUGUCCCGCAAUGUCGUCGGAGGUCAGUUAGUCAAGAAUGAUAGCAAAUUACCCGGCAUAUUUGCAAAUGAAGGAACGUCGACUGUUGUUGAAGAUGUCCAAGGUUCAGCAGUCGAAAUCGUAGACCUGUCAACAAUGGAGCGUCUUCAGUUACAUCUGGAAGAAGCAAUGUUCUUGCUAUAUGGUCUUGGAAUUCUAGAUAUAUACGACACCAACAAGAGGCUGCUUAGUAUAGAAGAAUGCUGGACGGAAUUCUGCCUUGCAGGUCACAGAGCUCCCCCUACUGAUACUGCAGAACAACAGUCGAAUUUGGAUAUCAACUGGAACAAUUCCUUUAUAAUUUAUUACACGGUCUAUCAUUAUUUUCGCAGUCUCGGAUGGGUAGUAAAAGACGGAACAAAAUAUGGUGUCGAUUAUUUGCUAUAUGAAAAGGGCCCACCGUUUAAUCAUUCACAGUAUGCCGUCGUGAUCGUGCCAGUUCAUGAUACGCCUGAAACAAAAUCAUCGAAUUCAGAAGCCCCACUAAAGUUGUGGCAAUCUAUAAUGAGUUUGAGCAGAGUAUGUGGUUCGGUUAGAAAGACUAUAGUGCUUUGUCAUGUUAUAAUUCCUGAUUCAAAUGAUGUUCUACCCAUACAUUCACCUGAAUGUGCCAAAAUGUAUACUGUCAAAGAAAUAGUUAUUAACCGGUUUCUGCCAGAGAAAGGACAGAAUACUGGAAUUGUCAAAAUCGAAGUAAUUGCUAUUUUCAAAACUAUAUUUCAAAGUUAA